AUGAACUAUCAGGAAUGCCUCCACAAAUUUGUUAAUGCGCAUUCGGAUAAUUUUCGGCAGAGUUUUUACGCCGUCGUGGAGAGUUCACAGAUAGAAUGUCUUGAAUGUCCCAUAGAAAAAACGAGCACGGAUAAUUUCCUCAUCAAAAUAUACAUUAACAAUAUUAUACACAACAUCCGGACGUUCCUGUUGACUUGCUUGAGCGGGUCGGUGGGGAAUAUUCUCCACAACACGAACGUAGACAAGCAGGAAGCGUGUUGCUACGUUACGGCUGACGACGAGGGGGCUAGCCACGACGGAGAAGGGGACCCAACCGGGGACGCGGGCCAAUCUGACCAAUCUGGUCAACCUGGCCAAUCGGAGGAAGGUAGCCAAAAUGGCCAAAAAUCUGCCAGGCAGUGCUUCAACAAACAGGAGGAUUUUUUACGCAAAUGCAAGAAAGUUCAUAGCCUUCGGAAGAGUUUGGAAAAUGCCCACGUAAGAACAGGGGACACUAUCGGCUUUAGGGACGACAUUUUGCGGUACUACAUAUGA